AUGGCCGACGAAUCUCAAUACUCCAACAAGCGCAAAUACGAAGAGCAAACCGCUCCUCCUCCUCCUCGAAGACCUACCGGCUUCUCCUCCGGCCCGAUCCCAUCCCCUUCUCCAGAUCCCUCCUCCGCUCCUCCUCCUCCGUCUUCCUACAACAGCGUCCCUCCUCCGAUGGACGAGAUCCAGAUCGCUAAACAAAAAGCUCAAGAGAUCGCCGCUCGUCUCCUCAACAGCGCCGAAGCCAAACGUCCUCGCGUCGAUAACAACAACAACGUCUCUUCUUACGAUUACGGUGACAAAGGCUUUAGCUCUUACCCUUCCGAUGUUAGGUCAAACGCGGCCCCUCCGUCUUCGAUACCUGUUUCGUACGGAAGCUUUACGGCGACGACGAAGAAGAUUGAUAUUCCGAAUAUGAGAGUUGGUGUUAUUAUUGGUAAAGGUGGGGAGACGAUUAAGUCUCUUCAGCUUCAGUCUGGAGCUAAGAUUCAGGUUACUAGGGAUAUGGAUGCGGAUCCUAACGCUGCGACGAGGACUGUUGACCUUACUGGGACGCAGGAUCAGAUCUCUAGAGCUGAGGAGUUGAUCAAUGAAGUCCUUCAAGAGGCUGAGACUGGUGGUGCAGCUGGUGGUGGUUUAGGUGGAGGAGGCUCUCGUAGGAUGGGUGGACAGCCGGGAGCUGAUCAGUUUGUUAUGAAGAUUCCUAAUAAUAAGGUAGUUGGUUUGGUGAUUGGUAAAGGAGGUGAGACAAUCAAGUCUAUGCAAGCUAAUACUGGAGCUCGGAUUCAGGUUAUUCCUUUGCAUUUGCCCCCUGGAGACCCUACUCCAGAGAGAACUUUGCAGAUUGAUGGAACCUCCGAUCAGAUUGAACAUGCGAAACAAUUAGUUAAUGAAAUCAUCAGUGGCGAGAACCGUAUGAGAAACUCAUCAAUGGGUGGAGGCUAUCAACAACAAGGUUACCAAGCCCGCCCACCAUCAAGCUGGGCACCACCUAGUGGUCCGCCAGCACAACAGUACAGUUACAUGCAACAGGGAGCGUAUCCGGGUCCACCUCAGUAUGGUCAGUCACCUUACGCAAGUUACCCUCAACAAACUUCAGCUGGGUACGCCUCCACCUGGGAUCAAUCCUCUGUGCCACCAUCCCAGCAGGGCGCACAAGGUGAUUAUGAUUAUUACGGUCAGCAACAGUCACAUGCGCCAAACACUGGUGGAAGCUCAGCUCCACCAACAGACCCUACAGGGUACAAUUACUACCAGGGUUAUGGCCAAGCCGCUCAGGGAUACCAGCAAGAUGGGUAUGGAGGUUAUAGUGCCUCGCAGCAAUCAGGAUAUGGCCAAGCUGGGUAUGACCAGCAACAGGGUGGUUACGGCAGCACCACUAACCCGGGUCAAGAGGAAGAUACAUCUCAAGCUGCUCCGGCAUCAUCGGCUCCGUCUGGACAAGAGCCUACUCAGGGUAGCACUGGUCAAGCAGGGUAUGGAGCUGCUCCGACUUCUCAAGCUGGUUACAGCAGCCAGCCACCAACGGCUUACAGUUCUGGAUAUGGAGCACCACCACCAGCUGGAAAACCACCGGCUUAUGCUCAGAAUCAGCAGUCUCCUGGUGCUCCUGGGAGCUAUGGGUAUGCACAACCAGCUGCAUCUGGUUAUGGACAGCCUCCGGCAUAUGGGUAUGGUCAAGCACCUCAGGGAUAUGGGUCUUAUGGAGGUUACACACAACCUCCAGCUGCUGGCGGUUACUCUUCUGAUGGAUCUGCUGGAACCACCGCUCCUGGUAGUGGUGGUGGAGGUACGCCGGCUUCGCAGACUGCUCCACCUGCUGGACCGCCUAAGGCAUCCCCAAAGAGUUGAUGAUGCUUAUGGAUAAAUUUCACCUGUUAUACAAUUCAUGCUUCCUUGCUCUUUCGUUUUUGUUUCUCUGAGGAUUUCUUAAUGUUUGUGACGUUUUAGUUUACAAUUUUUUUUAUUUUAUGUUUGAGAUAAUGGUUAAUGUUACUCUGUGUGCGCUGUCUACUUACAGUUGAUUACACAAACUAUGUCUUGAAUCCAGAUAUAAACUCUGACCGAGCUUGUGUGGCAUUUAUCAAAUCACU